AUGUCAGCUCAAAGCAACGGUAUUGCCACUUUACUUAAAGCAGAAAAAGAAGCACAAAAAAUUGUUAGUGAAGCAAGAAAAUAUAGACAAGAGAAAUUAAAGGAAGCUAAAAAGGAUGCGUCCAAUGAAAUAGCACAAUAUAAAGCACAAAAGGACAAAGAAUUGAAAACCCAUUCUGAACAGAAUGAAGGUGGUCUUGACGAUUUAAAAGCACAAGCUGAAUCAUCUAUCCAAGCACAACUAGAAGAAAUCGACCAAAUUACAGAAAAUAAAAAACAGCAGGUUGUUAAUCUUUUAAUCAAUGCUGUAAUUAACCCAGUCGGUGGGAUGCACGUCAAUGCUUCUUAA